AUGGCAGAGAAGCGGCGCUCCCCGUGCGCGCUCAGCGUCAAGGCGCACGCUUUCUCGGUGGAAUCGCUGAUCGGGGCCGAGAAAAGGCGCAGAACCAGCGGAGAGGAGGUUUUGACCCCGGGUUACGAGGACCGCACCGAUGUGUGCGACCUGAGCCGGAGCCCGCGCGCGCCCAGAGCGUGUGUCAGCGAGAGGGGCAGUGAGGAGUGCAGCGACGGCUCCCCCGAGAGCGACGACGUGCUGCUGGAGAGUCCGCAGCCGGGGCUCCUGUGCUCGGGGCCGGGGACAGUCUCCACCGGCGGCGGCGCAGAGGAGACUCGGGUCGACCUGCAGGGCUCCGACCUCUGGAAACGGUUCCACGAGAUCGGCACGGAGAUGAUCAUCACUAAAGCGGGACGGAGGAUGUUCCCUGCCAUGCGCGUAAAGAUAACAGGUUUGGACCCACACCAGCAGUACUACAUCGCCAUGGACAUAAUCCCCGUGGACAACAAACGCUACAGGUACGUGUAUCACAGCUCCAAGUGGAUGGUGGCGGGGAACGCGGACUCGCCGGUGCCCCCGCGCGUCUACAUCCACCCGGACUCGCCCGCCUCCGGAGAGACCUGGAUGAGGCAGGUGGUCAGCUUCGACAAACUCAAACUGACCAACAACGAGCUCGACGACCAAGGACAUAUCAUUCUCCACUCGAUGCACAAGUACCAGCCGCGCGUUCACGUGAUCCGGAAGGAGUGUGGAGAGGAGCUGUCCCCGGUGCGAGCCGUCCCCAGCGGAGACGGGACGCGAACCUUCUCCUUCCCCGAGACCGUCUUCACCACCGUCACAGCCUAUCAGAACCAGCAGAUCACGCGUUUGAAAAUCGACAGAAAUCCAUUCGCCAAAGGUUUCCGAGACUCUGGCAGGAACCGGAUGGGUCUGGAGGCUCUGGUAGAGUCGUAUGCUUUCUGGCGUCCAUCUUUGAGAACUCUGACGUUUGAGGACAUCCCAGGCAUGGCCAAACAAGGAGUCCCAGGCGCUCACGGAGGUGUGGUGCCCACCUCUCCCUGCUCCUCCCCGUUCCAGGUGUGCCCCCUCAGCCCCCCUGACUACACCUGCGCCCGCCCCACCCACCCCCUCCACCGCUACGGCAACGGCCCCGACCCCUUCCCGUCUCCUCGGGGCCCCGCCACUUUCGACGCCGAAGGUUUUUGUUCUCUUCCUCUUCCUACGUCCCAGCUCGGAUACCUGUCCAACCCCUCCCCCCAGAGCUACGCCAGCCUCCGCCUCCACAGCCCGCCCUACAGCCUCUACGGUUACACAUUCCCUCCCUCUCCGCGCCUGGCAGCCAGUCCAGACAAAAUGUCCGCCGCAGCCACAGUAAACCACACCAGCCCUUUCAUCGGUUCAUCUCCGAGCGGGACCCUGACGGACAGUAUUAGCGUUUUGAGCGGGGGACAGCAAGGAUUUCUGUUUGAUUCUCGGACUUUGGGACUGGCCACUAGCUCACCGGGAGCAGCCACGUCACAGGUCACGGCCCACAUGAGCUGA